AUGGAUGCGAGCAUUUGGUUCCUGAUGUUCGGUGUGGUUUUGGUGGCGGCUGGAUCAGCUCAGUCCAUCAUGACAGAAGGAGAGACGACGCUGGAGGAGAACGUUCUCCAAACCCUGGUGAAUGAGGAGCAGGACGAUGAUGUGAAUGAUGAUCGUUUCCUGAAAAUGGCACUUCAUUCAUUACUGCACAGUGUUCAGAGACACGCCCGCAACCCCUCAGUCCUGCACCAACCACAACGGUUUGGCCGCGGUUCUCGCUCUGAUUUACCCCCGGAGGAGAGAAUCCACUCCCGGGACUGGGAGGCCGUUCCUGGACAGAUCUGGAGUAUGGCGGUGCCACAGAGAUUUGGCAAAAAAUAG